AUGAAGAGGACAUGUGCGCUUGCAUCACGCGCAGUGCCGAAAUCCCUGCUAGAACGACAGGCACGAAGAACUGGCUCUAAGGUAGGCGCCUCUCAAGAAGCUUCCAAAUUUGUGGUGGCUUCGCUGCGGGACAUUGGUUCGCUUUUCUCGGGGUCAUCGUCCGGUGACGAUGAGGAACAGGAGGCACUACGCCUGCACUCGGACACGGUGUCGAAGCUCAACUCGGGGGAGCUCACGGAGGUCGUGCGGCAGCGGUACUGUGUAGACAACAAGGACAGAUGCGAGACGCGGAUGCUUCUGACGAAGUACCCCGGGCCUGCCCGGGAGCGCGAGAUGCUGCAGGUGGCCACGGCGGAGCUGAGCGCGAGGGACUGGCGGAAGAUGCCGCGCGUGUGGCAGCAGGUCUCGUACUACCACGCGUUUGGGUCAUGGGGGCCGCGCACCGGGCUUUCGUUCGUCGGCCGCCGCCCAGAGGACUUCUUUGUCACGGACCAGAAGGGCCUCUGGACGUGCAGCGCGCCGCGCCGCGCCGAGUACGAGCGCAGCUCGCGGGCGCUGGACCCUGCGUCGCGCGCUGUGCUCUACGCCGCGGCCCUGGUCGCGGCCGUAGCAGCGCUGGGCGACCUGUGGCGGCGCCAGGACGCGGACCGGCAGGUGACCGUGGCGGAGCUAGAUCUUGCCGAGCCUACCAGCUCGCCCACUUAG